GGUCCUGGUUAUGUGACAAAACUCACAGAGCUCAUCAGAGCAAAGUCUUCCCCAAGGUCUGAUGGGCUAGAAGAUGCUAGAGAGUUUGUGGGCUUCUUUCCAGACUUUAUCUGGACUGUACGGGACUUCACUCUGGAGCUGAAGUUGGAUGGUCACUGCAUCACAGAAGAUCAGUACCUGGAGAAUGCCUUGAAGCUGGUUUCAGGGCAGGAUCCCCAAACCCUGGUAUCCAACCGGCCAAGGGAAUGCAUCAGACAAUUCUUUCCUAGGUGGAAGUGUUUUGUCUUUGUCUGGCCAGUGAGUGACCCACAACUCUUAUCCAAGAUUGAGAGCAUACCAGAAAGUCAAAUGAACCCUAAAUUCCAGGAACAAUUGAAGAACUUUUGUUCUUAUAUCUUCACCCAUGCAACUGGCAAGAGACUUGGAGAGGGGAUCCUGGUCACUGGGAGUCGACUGGGGAAUCUAGUGCAGACCUACGUGGAUGCAAUCAACAAUGGGACAGUACCUUGCUUGGAGAACGCAGUAAAAACACUGGCGGAGCGUGAGAACUCUGCAGCUGUGCAGAGGGCAGCUGAGCACUACAGUGAGCAGAUGGCCCAGCGAGUGAGGCUCCCCACAGACACGCUCCCGGAGCUGCUGGAUGUGCACUCAGCCUGUGAGAAGGAAGCCAUUGCUGUCUUCAUGGAACACUCCUUCAAGGAUGACCAGUGGAAGUUCCAGAAGAAGCUUGUGGUCAUCAUAGAGGAAAGGAAGGGGGCUUUCAUGGAACAGAAUGAAUCAGCGUCUCUCAGUCACUGCCAAGCUGAACUGGACAAGCUCUCAGCAUCCCUGAGGGAAAGCAUCUCACAUGGAGCUUUCUAUGUUCCUGGGGGCCAUAGUCUCUACCUAGAGGCCAGGAAGAAGGUCGAGCAGGACUAUGAGCAAGUGCCCAGGAAGGGAGUGAAGGCAAGUGAGGUCUUCCAGAACUUCCUGAAGUCACAGAUCACUGUGGAGGAGUCCAUCUUGCAGUCAGACAAAGCUCUCAGUGAUGGACAGAGAGUCAUGGCAGUUGAACUGGCCAAGAAUGAGGCACUUGAGAAGGAGCUGGAGUUAAUGAGGCAGCAACAGAAGAAGAAAGAGCAAGAGAUUGAGACUCGAAUGAGAAGCUUCUCAGAAAACAUGGACCAGCUGCAGAAGAAGAUGGAGAUGGAAAGGGAGAACAUUCUGAGAGAUCAGGAGAGGGUUCUGGACCACAAGCUGAAGGCCCUAAGAGAUCUACUUCUUGAAGGAAUUGAGAAGAAAUAUGAAGAUUUAAGAAGAGAAAUAAAGCUGAGAGAUGAAGAGAUUAAAGCCUUGAAAAAAAGUUUAAUUGAGAAGAUCCUUGACGUUGUUCGUGAUAUACUAAUUAAAAUACUUUCUUUGUUGGGUGAUGUGGGGGUGAAGAUUCUUAGCUCAGCAAAAUGA